AUGGAAGUCGUUCUCUCGCAGGGUCGCAGGCUUCCAAAAUCGCCUCAAAGGCUUUGCAGGGCCUGUUAUCGCCGGCUGGGGCCUCAAUGGCCUGCGCCGCGACGAUUAUACUCAAGCCAGUCACAGCCGGACAUUUACGAUGUUGUAUGCGUCGGCGGCGGACCAGCGGGACUGAGUCUUCUAACGGCUCUACGUAGCAACCCCGUCACUGCUGGGCUGCGAGUAGCCCUCAUUGAGGCGCAAGAUCUCUCGAAAACGCGAUCAUGGAAGCUCCCUCCCGACCGGUUCUCGAAUCGUUGCAGCUCCCUGACUCCGAAGUCCGCUCGCUUCCUCGACCAAAUAGGAACUUGGGACCAUCUUCAGCGUGAUCGCGUGCAACCAUACCACGAGAUGCAGGUGUGGGACGGCGUAACGGAUGCGCGGAUAGAGUUUGACUGGAACGAUCCAGCCACGCAGGCCGGCACGAUUGCGUACAUGACCGAGAACCUCAACUUGACCUCUGGUCUCUUGAAAACACUGGACUCUAUCGGCGGAGCGGAAGUCUUUGAUGGCGCCAAGGUGGAAAACAUCACGCUCGGCCAAGAUACAGAGGAGCUGGACCUCAGUCAGUGGCCAAUCGUCCACUUGUCCGGAGGUAAGCAGCUUGCGGCCAGACUUCUCGUGGGCGCAGAUGGCGCAAACAGCCCAGUCAGAACAUUUGCACAGAUCGAGAGUCGUGGCUGGGAUUACCAAAGACACGGUGUCGUGGCUACGCUGGAGCUUCAAGGCGAGGGCUGGGGCGGAGAUGCCACCAAGAUUGCCUACCAGAGGUUUCUGCCAACCGGCCCCGUCGCUAUGCUCCCGCUUCCCGGAAGAUACUCGACGCUGGUUUGGUCCACGACACCAUCCAACGCUGCCUUGUUAAAAAGCUUGCCCCCGAAAGAGUUCAUCGCUUUGGUCAACGCCGCGUUCCGCUUGAGCACUGUAGAUUUGGAGUUCAUGCACACGAUAAACGAGGGGCACGAGGAUGAGCUCAUGUGGAGGUUACAACAUACACCUGUCAAUACUCAAGUCAUUCCGCAGACUGUCGUUGGCGUUCAGGAAGGCACAGUAGCCUCUUUUCCUCUAAAGAUGCGCCAUGCCGACACUUACAUUGGCGAAAGAGUAGCGCUCGUGGGUGAUGCAGCUCACACCAUCCAUCCCUUGGCAGGUCAAGGUCUGAACCAGGGCCAGGGUGAUGUCGAGAGCCUGGUCAACGCGAUUGAGUACUCGGUGCUGCAUGGCGCGGACCUGGGUACACGCAUGUCUCUGGAAGUCUACAACCAGGAGCGCUACGCUGCAAACCAUGUGUUGUUGGGUGUAUGCGACAAACUGCACAAGCUUUACUCUGUAGAGCAUGGCCCAUUGGUGCCGCUGAGAUCAUUGGGUCUCAGUGCAGUCAACUCUAUGAAGCCGCUGAAGGACUUUUUCAUGGGCCAGGCAGCUGGCAAAGGAAUGAAGCUAUUCUAG